UACAAAAUUCCAAGUGUACAAAGAUGAGUUUUAAGUAACUUCCAUUAUCUUAUUCUGCAUUUGGAUAGAUUUUUUUCACUGGUGAAGGCAGUACCACUAUCCCCGUAACUGCAAAAGGACGGAUCGUGUGGAAGCAGCGCCUAAACUGGCGGCUACAGAACGGAAGUGCCUGUAAUUACGUUGGUAUUUUUUACUCCAAUAGGAAUGGAACGAUUACAAUCCUCUAAUUUGCAUAACGCCCUUAUAAAUAGGGGGGGUAGGCGCCAUUUUUGAUGUUGUUGAGGUACAGUGAAGAUCUUGGAAAGAAACUUUUAAGGAUGCCUGAGCCAGCAAAAUCUGCUCCAGCACCGAAGAAGGGCUCCAAGAAAGCCGUUACCAAAACACAGAAGAAAGGCGAUAAAAAGCGAAAGAGAGCAAGGAAGGAGAGCUACUCGAUCUACGUGUACAAGGUGCUGAAGCAGGUGCACCCCGACACGGGCAUCUCGUCCAAGGCCAUGAGCAUCAUGAACUCCUUCGUGAACGACAUCUUCGAGCGCAUCGCCGGCGAGGCCUCUCGCCUGGCGCACUACAACAAGCGCUCCACCAUCACCUCGCGGGAGAUCCAGACGGCCGUGCGGCUCCUGCUGCCCGGCGAGCUGGCCAAGCACGCCGUCUCCGAGGGCACCAAGGCUGUCACCAAGUACACCAGCUCCAAGUAAAAGUAGAACGGUUUUAAUCUAUAACCCAAAGGCUCUUUUAAGAGCCCCCA